CUGUGCCAACCCUGGUUCAUGGGAGCGUUGGAGGAGGUACAGCAGGUGCUUCAGUUGCGGGCCAGCAAGAAGCCAGUCCCUCUGUUCCAGCCACACUCCCUUUGUCUCCUCUCCCCCCCUCAUCAACUCUGCCUGCCCUGGUUCACGGGGGCGUUGAAGGAGGUACAGCAGGCGCUGCAGGUGCCGCAGGUGCGGGCCAAUACGAAGCGUGCUCCUCUGUCCCAGUUACACUCUAUUCCCCAUGUCUUCCCCCUGCCGCGCCCUCCUCCCCUCAUCAGCUCUGCCUGCCGUGGUUCAUGGGAGCGUUGGAGGAGCUGUGCCUGCCGUGGUUCAUGGGAGCGUUGGAGGAGGUACAGCAGGUGCUGCAGGUGCGGGCCAAUAAGAAGCGUGUGCUGAUUGACGCCUCUGAUUGGCUGCUGCUUGCCUGCGACCCCAAAUACGACCUGCGAUUGGACGAGAUAGCUACUGCGCGAGAGCAGCAUCAGGAGGCGGAGGAGGAGCAGGAGGAGAGGAGCGACGAGGAGAAGCUGAGGGUGUUUUUGGAGUGGGUGCGGGCGAGGGGAAUCCCUGACUUUGGCAAGCCACGGUCCACCUUCGAGGCGUCUCAAAAUACGACUCUCUAUUCGCAAAUUGAGAUGCCAUCACGUGAUGAAGUCACUUUUCUACCUCACUUGAGAGGCGCCUUUAAGGUACUUGUGAAAGCUCUCAAAGGUGCAUUUCCGUCAAGAGCCCAACAGCUCUUAUUCUCCUUCUCUAAAAGCUCACGGGGGGUUUACAGCCUCUUUGCUGCAGGCCAAAGCACGAUCCAGCUGACAGUGGUGGCAGGGCAGCCAAAGAAGAAAGGCCAGCUGCUGCUCUCCAUCCCUCGCGCCCUCUGGGUAUCAACCGACCUUAUGGCGGAGGAAGUCGCUCCCUACGCCAACCCUGUGUGGACGCUCGCUGCCGGAGCUGCAUGGCUGCUUCGGGAGCAGUCUCGGGGGCGAGGCUCGGAGUGGUGGCCGUACCUGCAGAUCCUGCCGGCCUACGUGCCUCUGCCGUACCUGUUUGAUCCGGUCACGCUGGACGAGCUACAAUCACCUUCGUUUGUGGAACGGAUUCGCAUGGUCCGUGACUACUACGAGCAACAGUACAAACUAUGCCGCCCGCCAGCAAUCGCCUUCGCGUCGCUCCACCAAUUCCUCUGGGCGCUCGCCAUCAUGAACUCCCGAGCCUUCUCCACUCCCGCACCUGCCCGCCGAACCUCCGCCGAGCCUCACACUGACACCUCAAGCUUUCCCCAAGAGGAAGAGAGGGAGCAGGAGAGGGGGAGGGGGGGAAUGUUGGAGCAGCUGUUAGCGCUGCCUGCGUCGGAGAGGCGGCGGUUUGUGGGCGAGCCCAUGGCUCUGGUGCCCAUUGCUGAGCUGAUUGACCACCACCACCCGCACAACGCGCAGUACAAGGUGCAACAGAGCAGUUUUGACUUCUACGCCAGGGAAGAGGUUCAGCGCGGUGCAGAGCUCUUCACAGUGUAUGGCUACAAGCCCAACCACCACCUGCUGCUGGGCUACGGCUUUGUUCUCGACGACAAUCCCUAUGACCACGUCCGGCUCUUCCCGAACCUCUCCCGAGCCUUCCGAACCGUAGCCUCGGUGGUGUAUCACCUGGAUCGGCAGGAUGAGGGGAGAGAGAUGGGGGAAGGGAGCCGUGGGGAGGUUCGUCCGGGGGAGGUGGAUCUGAGGACGGGUUUGCUGCGUGUGUGGGGCACGGGGAACUCCUUGCUGCUUCCAGGAGACAAGGAAUUGGGUGUGGGAGGAAAGGGUGGCAUUAGAAGAAAAAGGGGUGCAGUGCGUGUGAUGUGGCGGGCCGCAGCAGCAGCAGUGGGUGAAGUGGUGAAGGCUCGAGAGGCUGGGGGGACGUACGCUGAAGGGAAUAGUCUGCCACAGCUCCAGCUGCGACAGCGGAUAGAGCGGAGGAGUGCCAGAUGGGAAGCAAGGAGAGCCCAAAUGGAUCGUGUUAGUGGCAAAGGCCGGGGGCUGGUAGACCAAGUGCUUGUAAAGGAGGUGCUUGUAAAGGAGGAGGACGAAAGCGUGGGGGUGUCUGUGUGGGCGGGCGGCAUAGUGGAGCCAAAUCUGCUCGCUGCCUUGGCUGCCAGCUGGCACGCAGUCCAUGUGUCACAGGCAACUUCAGAACCAGACUACACAUCUCUGGCCAGUGCUGCCAUUCACUAUGGCUGGGCCCUCUCCACCUCUGCCUGCCACCACCUCCUCCCGAUUUCCUCUUCCUUCACACCCGCUUUGAAAGCUGCUGCUGAAACCGUCCGGCUGUUUGUCGAGGCUCGGUUGAAGCAGUUCCCGACGAGUCUGGAGGAAGAUGAAGUGGUGCUGGAAGAGCUUCGCAAGUGUGAGUCGGCAGGGCGUGGGGGGAGGGUGGAGCGUUGGUGUGAGGAGGUGCAGCCGAUGGUGGAGGAGAGAAUUACAGCUGUUCAAUUUAGGAUGCACAGGAAGAAGGUUCUCAAGGAUGUUGCGGCACGAUCCGCCGCUGGCGAUAGAAGCAGGCUUCUGCGACUACACUCAAAGCUUCAAUCAGUUCCCUCUCAUCCUUCCCAUCCUUCCCAGCUUUCCCUACAACGCUUCCCCCUGCAGCCCAAGCAUCUGUUUCGGCUUGGGGGAGGGCCCGCGAUGGCCUCGAAAAGGAUUCUUAAGGAGCUGAAAGAUCUUCAGAGAGACCCUCCUACAUCAUGCAGUGCAGGUCCAGUUGCCGAAGACAUGUUUCAUUGGCAAGCGACAAUCAUGGGUCCUCCAGAUAGUCCUUACGCUGGUGGUGUCUUCCUGGUUACCAUACACUUUCCUCCCGACUACCCCUUUAAGCCUCCGAAGGUCGCCUUCAGGACGAAGGUAUUUCAUCCCAACAUCAACAGCAACGGGAGCAUCUGCUUGGACAUUCUGAAGGAGCAGUGGAGUCCGGCCUUGACCAUUUCUAAGGUUCUUUUGUCGAUUUGCUCCAUGUUGACGGAUCCGAACCCGGAUGAUCCUCUGGUUCCUGAAAUUGCGCACAUGUAUAAGACAGACAGGCAAAAGUAUGAAGCAACCGCACGUACUUGGACAGCCAAGCACAUGGCUGCCGCGAAUUAUGCCACGGGCUCCUGCCUUGUGAGAGCAAGCCAGCAGAACAAACAGCUCGCUUGUCAACAUAGACUUACCUCUUCGUCGGGUGGGACCAAGAUUUCUUGGAGCACUGCCGUCUCUCAACAACUUCCAGUCCAGCAGAAGAAUGGCACCAGCAAAUCUAAAGUUUUGAUGAGGCCAGUGACAAUCCGGGCUAUUUCCGAUUCGGAAGCGUUUACUGAUGCCUGUCUUGAUCCAGAGCCCAACAAGAGUGUGCUCUCCGUGAUUCUGGGUGGGGGAGCGAGCGCAAAGCUUUACCCGUUGACGAAGGAGCGAGCAACGCCUGCUGUGCCGUUGGCCGCGAAUUACAGGCUGAUCGACAUCCCCGUUAGCAACUGCUUGAAUAGUGACAUAGAUCGGAUUUACGUUCUCACUCAGGUCAAUUCCGCCUCGCUCAACCGUCACUGCUUUACAGCAUAUGCGCCGUGCUUGAGUGGUUACCAGACCAAGGGCUUUGUGGAAGUGCUCGCCGCGGAGCAGAGCCCGGAUAAUCCAAACUGGUUCCAGGGAACGGCGGAUGCGGUGCGUCAGUACAUAUGGCUGCUGGAGGACCACAACCCGCAGGAGUAUCUGAUCCUCGCGGCGGACCAGCUGUACCGCUGCGACUACCGCAGAAUAAUCAAGUGCCACCGGAGUGCUGGUGCUGACAUCACUGUCGCCGCGAUCCCUGUUGACAGAGAGCGGGCGACGUCCUUUGGAAUCAUGAAGGUUGAUGAGGAUGGGCGUGUGACUGAGUUUGCGGAGAAGCCUCAAGGAGCAGAGCUCGACAAGAUGAAGGUGGACACAACGAGCGUGGGUUUGGAUCCCCAGGAGGCAGCGAAGCGGCCGUUCAUCGCGUCCAUGGGGAUUUACGUGAUCAGCAGGGACGCCUUGCCUCGCCUGCUGCUCGAGCAGUUCCCAGAUGCCAAUGACUUCGGCCGGGAGGUCAUCCCUGCGGCCUGUGCUAAUGGAUCCAAGGUGCAAGCGUACAUAUAUGAUGGGUACUGGGAGGACAUUGGCUCCAUUGAUGCGUUCUACCAUGCCAACCUCAGGCUUACCAAGCCUAACCCCCCCUUCACGUUCUAUGAUCGGUCGGCUCCCAUAUUCACUCAGUCCCGCUCUCUGCCUCCUUCCAAGCUCAACAACGUUGACAUUUCUGGCAGUGUUAUCGGCGAGGGCUGCAUUCUGCAGGAGUGCGCCAUUCACGACUCAAUGGUGGGCCUGCGGUCAAUAGUUGGUGCUGGGUCAUCCAUUCACGACAGCUUGCUGCUAGGAGCUGAUUACUACGAGGAUGAGGAUGAGCUGCGGAGGGUUCUUGCAUCGGGGCAGUUACCCAUUGGUGUUGGGCGGAAUUCGGUCAUUAAGGGAGCUAUCCUUGACAAGAACGCACGAGUCGGAGACAACGUGCACAUUAUCAAUAAGGAUGGAGUUCAAGAGUCGAUACAGGAGGAUUCUGGAUUCGUCAUCAACAAGGGGAUUGUUACCGGCUCUCAGGGUUCACGGCAGGCAGCCGCGUCGGCACGAGAGGAAGAGUGGGACCUGUGCGAGGAUUUUAGGGAAGAUCUAGGGGCCGAUCGCGGAGACGAUCACACUGAUAGUCGCAGAGAUGAUCGCAGAGCCGAUCGCAGAGGUGACGAUCGCAGUGGUGGCGACCAACAUGCAGACGUGUGCGAAUCCCUACGCGACGAUUGGACCGCUGUGUGUGAACCGCCGAUUCAUCCUGACAAGCAUCUCGAUCGCUCCAUGGGCGUCCCGUUGGAACAAUCUGGAAGAUCGCCACCGUUGAUAGGAGGGGAAGCAGUGCGAAUAGGUUCGCUUGCUGACACGUGUCAAGAGUCGGUGCGGAUAGGACCGGCUCCUUCGGCGUCCGAGGUGGCUCACGCGGCGAGGCAACUGCAUGCGAGCAUUCAGUCGCUUCCCAGCCACUCCGUGUCAGCCAAUCAGCUGGUGACAGAUGUCCGCAGAAGGGCCGUGCAGGAGGGCGGGCGGGACAGGCGUGUGCUGGUGGUGUCACACGCCUUGGAGCUCUUCUCUCAAGAUGCAGAGCUACAGGUAGGGGGAUGCUAUUUCUAA